UUGAGGAAUACUUGCCAAAGGACACCACUUUUGGGAACGUUUGAGAAGAAUGUUAGAAGUGGUUAACUCAUCCUGCUGGGUUGCAUACAUUUUAAGGCCAUUGGCAAAAUAUUUGGUUUUGUCGUCCCCUCCUGGAAAAAUCAUUCCAUUCACGGCAUUGGUAGGAAAGCAAUAUCAUGGACUAACGCAGUUCUGGAGGAAUCAGAAUGACUUGGACACAAGUCUGUAGGAAUUGAACAGACAGUGACAUGGAGGUACAUAUUGGUAGGAAUUGGAACAGGCAAUGACAUGGACAGGCUCAAAUCGGUUGGAAUUAAAAACAGGAAACUUCAUGGACAGUUGCAAAUCGUUGGGAAUUGAAGCAUUCAGUGACAUUGCUGUUUGGUGGAGAUGAGGUCAAUUUUUCUGCGGUUAGUUCUGGUCAUUUUGGCAAUGAACGUUUUGUGUUAUUACUGGAUGGAUUCAUUUGUGCACCAGCUGGUGCCCCAUCGAAGUGAGUGGAGGAGGCUUGAGUUGAGUGCUUUGGAACGAACUGAAAAACUAUUCAGUUAUUCGCGACAUGUAAAGACAAAUUUGGCUAAAAAGCAGUCGUUGGGAACAGGGGAAGUCCAAUCACAAUCAAUUAAACUAAAACCAAUGAACUUACAAACUAUAGAUCAGAAGACAGCUGACAUGUUGCAUCGAGCAUCACUCUUAAUGGAUGAUUUGAUUCUGUCACCUCCCCCAUGUGAAGACAGUAUCUAUUUGCUCAUUAUGGUCAUAAGUUCAGCAAAGAACUUCAAUCGCCGUACAGGGAUGAGGGAUUCUAUAAAGGUUAGGCCCUAUCGGGGGAAGAGUGUUCGAUUUGUUUUUGUUACUGCAAGAGCAGAUGACCAAAUGACAGAUGCCAAACUUCACUAUGAAAGUCUAAGAUAUCGAGACAUUAUCCUGACUAAUCAUAAGGAUGCCUACCGAAAUAUGACCUAUAAGGCUCUUGAAACUCUAAAGUGGAAGCUGACAAAAUGUCAACAUGCAAAAUUCUUGUUAAAAAUGGAUGACGAUGUGUUGGUCAUCUAUGAAAACAUUGUAGACUACGCUAUAGAUUUAGAGUUGAAGAAUCUAACCGUUGUCUAUGCAGGUAUGCGCAAUAAUGUCAAAGUCGUUAGGGAUCCCAAAAGCAAGUGGUACAUGUCCCACAAAGAUUAUGCAAAUGACACUUUACCACCCUACAUUAGUGGAUAUGCUAUUUUAUUUUCACAAGUCGCUGUUCGGGAGAUUUAUCGUGCGUCUUUCCAUGUCUCACGUGUUUACAAAAUACCAAGGCAGACAUUCCCAAUCGAUGACGCUUUCAUUGGAAUCUGUGCACACUACGCGAAAAUAAAACUAACGAAAAUGCGAUGGGCGUGCUUGGUCUGGAACUACCUGAAACACGCUGUCACUAAAGAAAAAUGUAUCCUGGUGAAAUUAAAAGUUGUGCAUCAGAUACCUGGUUACCGAAGCAUGAAAAGGUAUUUGAAAUGGCUACAAACUAGGAGUGUGCAUGAAAGGAAUGCUUGUCGAAAGAAGGAUAUAACACUUACUAAAACUUGCUUUUGGUAA